UGAGUUUUGCAAAGAGUUAGAUAUCAAUGGUUUGGGGAUCUUUCGGUUGCAUGGCCUUGACAUUAACAAAGAGCAGCAAGAGUGGGAGGCUGGGGCGCCCUUUUCAUCUUUGUGCACGUUGUAUUGAACCUGGUGAUGAGAGGGUGAGACCCUCUCUCCCCCCUCACCUUCAACCUCUGAUUUACCCUCACUGCUCUCUUUUGGAUUAUUGCUUUUUGAUGGUGAAGACUUCUGUGGAGGACCACAAGAAGAAUCUGCAAAGAGGAUUAACUUUUAUUUAAAACUUUUUUCUUUUUUUUUUAACUGAAAGUGCUUUUCUUCAUUGUAUGAUCUGCAUGAGGCUUUCUUCAAUAAUGUCGUGCUGGAGUAGAAGCUCCUGGUUUCCACUGGUGUUUGGAGCUGCGCUGGUUGUUCUCACAGCUGGUAAUGCUGGACCAAACCAGGGCAGGAGGCAGCCUCAGUCGUCCUCAUGCUUUGGAGGCUUUGAUCUCUACUUUGUUUUGGACAAAUCGGGGAGCGUGCAGAAUCACUGGACUGAAAUCUAUCACUUUGUGGAACAUCUAGCUCAUAAAUUCAUAAGCCCACAGUUGCGGAUGUCGUUCAUUGUGUUCUCCACCGAGGGACAGAUCUUAAUGAGCCUGACAGAAGACAGGGAGCGCAUUCGCAAAGGGCUGGAGGAGCUCCACGGGGUUCGUCCGGGGGGUGAUACUUUCAUGCAUGAGGGCAUACUGAGGGCCAGUGAGCAGAUAUACUACGGAAACACAGAAGGCUAUCGCACUGCCAGUGUUAUCAUAGCUCUGACGGAUGGAGAGCUGCAUGAGGAUCUUUUCUACUACGCCGAGAGAGAGGCCAACCGCUCCCGAAGCCUUGGUGCCUCAGUGUACUGCGUGGGGGUGAAGGACUUCAAUGAAACACAGCUGGCAAAAAUUGCUGAUAGUAAAGAUCACGUCUUUCCUGUAAAUGAUGGAUUCGAAGCCUUGCAAGGAGUCAUCGAUUCAAUCCUGAAAAAGUCUUGUAUCGAGAUUUUGGCAGCGGAGCCCUCCAGCAUCUGUGCAGGAGAGUCCUUCCAGGUGGUGGUGAGAGGAAAUGGAUUCCUCCAUGCCAGGAAUGUGGACAAAGUCCUGUGCAGUUUCCGAAUCAAUGACACCCUAACUAAGAUGGUGAAGCCGUUGAUCGUGGAAGAUACGUAUCUUCUCUGCCCCGCACCAGUGCUCCAGGAUGAGGGGAUGGCGGCAAAUCUUUAUGUCAGCAUGAACGAAGGUCUCAGCUUCAUCUCCAGUUCGGUCACUAUUACCACUGUGAGCUGUUCUGAUGGGACCAUCCUGGCCAUAGCUCUGCUCAUCCUCAUGCUGCUCCUGGUCUUGGCUCUCCUCUGGUGGUUCUGGCCUCUGUGCUGCACUGUGAUCAUCCACGAACCCCCACCCCCAGUUGCGGAGGAGAGCUCGGAUGAUGAAGACUUUGAAGCCCCUAAGAAGAAAUGGCCGACUGUAGAUGCCUCCUACUACGGAGGGAGAGGAGUUGGGGGAAUCAAAAGGAUGGAGGUUCGUUGGGGCGAGAAAGGUUCCACUGAAGAAGGAGCAAAGUUGGAAAAAGCCAAAAAUGCCAAAGUGAAGAUGCCUGAGCAGGAGUAUGUGCCACCUCCCACUCGGGUUCUCAACAAUGGCAUGCACAAACCCCCAGGGCCACGCAAGUGGUACUCACCCAUCAAGAGCAAACUGGAUGCACUGUGGGUCCUGUUAAGAAAAGGCUACGACCGCGUGUCUGUUAUGAGACCUCACCCAGGUGACAAGGGCAGAUGUAUGAACUUCACCCGCAUGAAAUCUCCCCCUCCUCGCUACCCACACCAUCAGCCGUCUCCCAUCUACAACCCUCCCAGCAGGAGUCCCCCUCCUCCGCAGGGCACCCUCCCUCCAACUCCUGGCAGCCCCCUGUCAUUUUCCUUCUCCACGCCUCCGUCACUGCCUCCGACUCCUCCUCCCGUUUCCACCACCCCUUCCCCGCCGCUCACUCCCCCCCCUUACACGCCGCCUCCCAGCCGGGCCCUUCCUCCCACCACCUUGCACAUACCUGCACCUCCGGCGCUCCCGCCCACGCCUCCGCCCUGCGCCUCCCCAGCGAGCGCCUUACCCCCUCCUCCACAUGGACCACCGCCAGGGCGAGCCCCCCCGCCUGCCCGCCCGCCGCCUCGCCCUGGCCUGUAGAGCCGCGGCGGGAGACGGGCACAAAAAGGUCACAAAAGACUGACAAAGGCAACUCAGUGUCCGACCAGCAUUCAGAACAUAACAAUCUUGAUACUUGACUGCAUCUGCAAGCAAGGACACAUGAGCGCCUUGUGGCGCGCUCGGCACGCUGCGGCCUCUCUGCCAUGUGGAGAGGAGCAGCGACGGCUGGUUUCCAGCUAUUUGUCUACAGUGACUUUUGUACACAUCUAGCCCAACAGUGCAAUUGCUUGGAUGCUUGAAUUAAAGAGACAGUUUCUAUAAGUGAGGUCUAUGAGUCAGGUAAAAAAAACAAACAAACAAACAAAAAGCAACAAAACAUUUGCCUCCUUUUGGCCUCAGAAGAAUCACAUGCCCCGUUGUCCCCGGCUGUUUUCACAAUGAUCACGGCACUAAAAUACGUGAAUGCUGCAAAUGUUACACAGACGUAUGGAUGACCUAUGUGAAUCUGAAAAUCCCUGGUUUUGAAUUCUUGAACGUUGAGCAAUUGCAUGUGAUAGUGUUUUGAGCAUCUUUGUUCUUUACUGAUAUAAUAUCUGUACUUGUUUUGUACUUUUUUUUUUUACUUGUACCUUGCUGAAUAGAUCACCUUCUUCUAACACCACCGUUGCUGAUAAACCCACAGUAAUACGCAUAGCAAGCGUAUGGCAAGCGGCAAUGCGAAGUAUCUGCACUUUUUGUUUCGUUCAGCUUUUGACUCGCAUGUCAUAUACAACCAGCCUAAUGUGAGUCACAGCUGGCUUGAGUAUUUCUUUUUGUUUCUCAUCAGAAUAAAAAAAAAUGAAUUUGGAUUUAGUAGACUCCUUUAUCCCCAUUGCUAUACUGGACCUCACCAUGGUGACUGUGUGACUGUGAUCUGUCAAAAUGAAGACAAGUAUGUCAGAAUCAGGGAAAAGCUUUGCAGGUUGUCUUGCUCCUCCUACACCCACAGCUUAGAGCAAAGUUUUAUGUAAAUAAUGUAGCAGCCACAGAUCUGACUCAAUCAGCCGGUUCAUUACCUUAAACCAUUCUUUUAUUUUAAGCUUUUUUUUUUUUGCAUUAUUUUUUUAUUAUUAUUAUUAUUUUUUUAGGUAAAGCUUGGGUCAUAAUAAAAGCUGAUGUCUCACGUGUCAGUAAUAUGAAGCCAUUAUUUUAUGGGGUUCGGAGGAGCCUGGGAUCAGUGCAAAGCAGAUUUCAUGGCUACUUUUAGGAAUCGGAGAACGACCGGCCAUCGGUUUUACAUAGACGCCUACAUCUGCUUGUUUUGAAAUCCAAGCAAAACAGCAAAAGUUUAUACAAGUGGACAUUUUUUUUUUUGAACUCUUUAUUGAAUACAUGUACAAACUUGCAAACUAUUUGGUUUAUUUAUCUGGAAGAUUGAAAAGAAAAUCACUAUAAUCAAUAUAUUUGUUGACUUGAUCACGACUCGCAAAGACUUGAAUUUCGCAUUAUUCACGUUUCAUCCACCACACUCCUCCUUUCAGAGCUCUCACACAGGCAUUUGUUAAUGUUGAAAUUUGAGGAUAUUCUGUAGAUCCCUGAUUGGAUGUGCUGUCUUUCUUUUAUUUUAUUUUGUUCUAAAUUAAAGUAGGUUAGACAACUGAUAUUUCCACUGGGAUCUCACAGUGAAAGUGGCUUUUUACAAAAAAGCCCAGAGUGACUCACUAACUCGCUCCAGCUGUUCAUAUGUUGCAUUAUGUCACAUGCACGAAUGGAGUGAGCUGCCCUGGAAAAUAUUAGACACAAUCUUAUCCUCAGGAAAUGUGGACAGGCUGCAGGAAAGGCAUGCUGGUGCUGAUAAUUCGUGACACAUUAUGCUAAACAUAUAACUUGACAGACGUGUGAUCGCAUAUGAUAAAAAAACUCAGUAAUAGGCGCAAGCAAAUACAUAUGUAGAUUCUUCAUCAUAAAUCCACAUAAACGCGUACCGACAGUUAAAUGGAAAUAUGUUUGACUCUAGGCCAGCGCUGUAGUUGAGGCCAGGUUUGCGCUCAACUCACAUAAACUGGUGUCUGGCCCUCACUGAUUAGAUAACUGGAAAGAAGAAUUUGUUUGGUCACAUGGUUUCGAACUGAAAUCUGAGUAUUUGAUGUCUUAAUAUUAUUUAGUUGCUGAUAAUCAGGGACGUUUGUUAAGCCACAACAAGAUAAAGCGAGUGAAAUAAAGUUAUUGCUGCAGUUUCUGCUUCGCUUUGAAAUCCCCAUCAUGGGCAAACGGGGAAUAUCUAAUAAACAGCAGGUGUGCCCCUGACUGCUCACUGAUUAUCUAGGAAAACAGAGACGUAAAGUAUUUAAUAGUUUUGUCAAAUAUCUUAGGAGAAGCUGUGUUCCUAAAAAAAAAAAAAAAAAAAAAAAUGCAGGCACUAACUUAUCAAGAAAUCAGAUACAUCUGUUUACUUCAUUUGUCUGGUUGAUGGGUUUGGCUUUCUGUUCCCUUUUAAAUGCAGUGUCAUCUUAAAUGUUGGCAGUUAGACUUGAGCUGCGUGAGAAAACUGUCCUCAAACAAUUGACUUGCCAAUAGUUCGCGACAAAACUAUGUCAACACCCUGUAGCUGCGUCAAUCAGUGGCAGCAGCACCUGCUAAUAGUUAUUCAAUCUCACUCAAGGCACCUUUAAAAAAAAAGAAAAAAAAAAAGAAGAAGGAGCUGAUGCAUAGAGGGUGUUACCUGAACUGCUUCACAUGACGCGUGAAUGACAAACUGCCCCAUUAAUGAACGGAGGCUGUUCCCGUUGAGAGCAAUGUGUCUUUUCUGUAAUUACUCUCCAGCUGCACGUCAAGCCGUCAUUGUGACUAGUAAGGGCACUGAAAUCCUUCUGAAGACUGCACUCGUUUUCACCCACAGCUUAGCCGCAUACCUCUCCGUCAUGCUGAGGCUGAACGCGUUCCUCGGGCUGACGCUGGCGCGCGUGCUCCUCUCACGCGAGGACUUGGACCGACGCAGACGACUGCGCCGCUCAACCUGGCAACCUCCGACACGGGCGCUGGGAAACAGCAGCUGCUCUCCUCAGUACCGGGGAGGAGGAAGACGUGCGGGCUGGUUUGAGUCAGCCCGGGUGAUGCUGCGCGUCGUGGCCGCACUUUGCCGUCACUCGCUGUCCGUGUGUGCGGCCAUCGUGACCCUCGUUCACGUGACGCUGUCCCUCCUGUCGCCUCUGUGCAGCACCUUGAUACCAAGUGUCUCCACCAUUAUGAGUCUACAUGGAUACAUCAGACUGUUGGUGACAACCCUCCAUGAACCUGUUGGGGAUCUUUAAAUUGAACUCUUUGUAUAUAAUGUACAUAAAACAAAAAUGAUUUGUGAACUUUUAAUAUGGGUCCAUGUGUAUGUUCAGGACCAGAUUUCUACUUCUUGUUUUAAUUACAAUAAAAUAAUUACGAACU